UGUCACAGAUGAACACUCUCCAAGUCCUCCUGUUUUUGGCUCUAAUUCUUGGAUCUGCAGUGCAAGACGAGAAAGAAGUGGAGGUUGGAGAGGAUGCAACUCUCGAUUGUCAGGGUCCCCAUGAAGGGAACAUCUUACGGCUAGCAUGGACCAAGAGUGACCUGAAAGCAGACAAUUACGUCUUUUUCUUUCGGGAAGAUCGUCUUUACAAAACAUACCAACAUGAAUUAUUCAAAGGUCGAGUGGAGCUGGAAGACCCAAACAUGAAAAGUGGAAAAAUGUCCAUCAUUCUGCAGAACACCACCGUUAAUGACACUGGAACAUAUGAGUGCCACAUCUCAUAUGAAACAGACCACAGCCAGAGAUCUGAGAUGAAGCAGGAAACCAAGCUGAAAGUUACACCUGCAGUUCAAAGACAAGGAGCCAGGAAGGAAGGAGCAAAGAAGGACAGAUCUGUUGGACUUAUAUCCGGUCUAUCAGUUUCCAGCCUGCUUCUCAUUGUUGCUGCUGUUGGAUAUUUGGUGUAAAGAAAACAGCAAAAGAGUCGGAACUUGGGCUGUGAUCAGGCUGAACGACAGAUGAACUGAUGGACAGAAAUUCAAUGAGUGUGAAACAUGUCCAGAACUUUCCCUGAAAGCCUUUGCACUGGGACAGGGAAAAAAAGAAAACCCACUGACUAAAUGAUAAUGGUGAUAGUAUUUGGUGUUUUUGAGGAUCAGACUAACAAGACAAAAACUCUUGCACAUGAAUAUAUUACCACUUCAUAAAAUAGUCUUGUAAUAUGAUCCAUGUCCCUGAAGGCAACUGGAAUAUUUUGCACUUCUAAAGGGUGAAAAAAUGCUGCUGUAUUCAUGUGAGACAUCGACAAGAAGCUUGGCAGUAUCACACGUGGUGGCGCGAUAUUCAUGACAAACAUUUCAAUCAGCCGGCAGCAGGUGGAAACAUUCACAGAGG